GGCCGCGUGCGCGCGCAGCCGCGCAGUCGCGCUCGCGCCAGCCAUGGCGGCCGCUGGCCUGCCGCUUGUCGACCUCUCUCAAAUAAAAACGCGCUCCAUCGAGAGAACCCUACUCCCACUCAUCAAGCAGAUCAGCAGCCUGGUGGCGACGCGGGGCGAUGCGGGGGCAGGCGGCGCGGCGGUGCAGCGGGUGGGGGCGGCGGUGUGCUGCGCCGUGGAGCGCUUCGUGGCGGUGGGGGAGACCAUCGCCGACGACAACCCCGACGUGCGCCACAGCAUGGUGCUGGCUUGCAAGGAGGCAAGGGCUGCAGGGCGUGCAAUCGAGCGCGUGUGCGCAGGCGCGGACGGUGCGGGCAUGGUGUCGGCGGCGCGCGCGCUGCUCGCGGCCGUCACGCGGGUGUUGCUGCUGGCUGACAUGGUUGUCGUGCGACAACUGCUACUCGCUAAGGAUAAGGUCGCGAGAACCCUGGACCGAUUGGAGUCGGUGUCGAACUUCGCGGAGUUCGUGCGCGCUUUCACGGAGUUCGGCGGCGGCAUGGUUGAGCUAGCGAGACUGACCGCCGAGCGGCGCGCCGACCUGCGCGACGAGCGCCGCCGAGCGCAGGUUGCCGCCGCUAGGAACGUGCUCGAACGGUCCACUCUUAUGCUCCUUACCUCAUCCAAGACGUGCCUACGCCACCCGGGCAGCGCGUCGGCCCGGGAGAACCGCGACACUGUGUUCUGUCAGAUGCGGCGCGCCAUGGACCUCAUCCACUACGUGGUGCGCGACGGCCUCCCGGGACACGAAGACCACCCCCACGAGAUGCAACCUUUCUCGGAUAGUCACGAACAGGCCGCGCAAUGGGAAGCGGGUACGGCGCUCGGCGCACUGCGCGGCCUGACGUCACAGGUGCGUGCUGCGAGGGCACGCGGCGGCGCAGACGCGGUCAGAAGACGCGCAAUGGCCGCCACCCUACGCGCCCUCGUUGAACGCACACACGAUUUCACCGACUCCGCCUACACCUCACAUGAACACCGCCAACGAAUACUAGCUCUCGCCGAACGAAUAGCGUACGAGCUCGAGAGGCUGGUAGCUGUUGCCGUGUCCAUGGAGGAAGAGGGCGGCGGCACGGGCGCAGCACUAGAGAGCGCGUGCGCGGGCGCACAGAAUGCGGCGGCUGAGCUGGAGCGCGCGCUGGUGGCGUCGGCGCGGCACCAGGCGCGAGACCUGGUGCCGCUCGCCGACGAGGCUCGGAGGCUCGCCUCCGACCUCGCCCACAUAGGUAACCUACGCAGGAAAAUAGAAGCGUCGAGGAGGAUCGAUUCUGUCUUUCGUUUUGCAGCUAGUUCCUGUGGUGAGAGAGAAUCAGAGAGACUGCACAAUAUAGCCAGCCGGCUCCACGAACAAUUAGAUCACAUAAUAGAGGUAUGCAAAUUAUUGAGACAUAUAGCGAUGUCGGAAACCCUGCAAGUGAGUGCGAAGUUUGCGGAGAUCAACCUGAGGAUAUACGGCCCACAAGUGGUGACAGCGGCGCGGACGCUGGCGGCGCAUCCCGGCAGCGCGGCCGCACGGGAGAACCUCGACGUGUUCGUGGAUAUGUGGGCGUGGCUGCUCGCUGACGCCGCCAAACUGGCGAGAGAGCUGCUCGACCUCACCGACGAACGACCAGACAAGCACCAGUACAGCAGUUUACCUAGGCCUGGUAAACACGGUACGACGAGUAAACCUUUGAAAGCGGUGCGUUUGGAUUCCGACGAGCAAGCAAAAAUUGCGAAAUCGGGUCUCGAAAUGAAAAUGAUGUCCUCUGAGAUGGAUGCCGAGACUGAAAAAUGGCAAGGAGCAGCAGCAGAUGAAAACAACGAUAUUGUGAAGAGGGCAAAAAAUAUGUCUUCCAUGGCCUUCGCUAUGUAUCAGUUCACAAAAGGCGAAGGUCGUUUAAAUACAACCCAAGACCUCUUCACACAAGCUGAAUAUUUUGCGGAGGAAGCGAAUAGAUUAUAUAAAAUUAUACGACAAUUUUCAUAUCAGGUGCCUGCCGGAACGACAAAAAAAGAGCUAUUAGAGCAACUAGACAGAGUUCCAACAUACGUGCAACAACUACAGUUCACGGUAAAAGAGCCGACGGUGGGUCGCGCAGCCACCUUCAGCAAGGUGGACAACGUCAUCCAGGAGACCAAGACACUUAUGAACGUCAUCAGCAAGGUUGUCACCACAUGCUUCGACUGCGCGAACAAGUACAAACUGGACUUCACGGGUCUAUCGGCGGGCGGCGCAGGCACGGGCGGGCGCGGCGCGGCGCGGGAUGAAGACACGGGCGGCGGCGGCGGCGGCGACGCCAAGCCGGGGGGGAGCUCCUCCGACACGGCCAUGUGACAGUACGGCAUGGGCCGGCGCGGCAAGGGCGACGCGCGCCGGACCAGGGUCAGCUUCCUCUUGUUUUAAAGGAUUAAACGUCCUUUUGAAACAAAACGUCGCCUGAAGCCGGGGGACGAGUCGCGCUAUGUGAGACGCAUGACUGUAAGUAGACAAAUCUGCGUAAACAGAUGAAAGAUAAAUCUCAUUAUUAAUGUUCUUCGACAUCAUAUAUCUAUAAUCUACUAUAUAAAACGAAUAUUAUAUACUUAACGAAGAAAGAAGCAACACAAACAGGUCCUACCAACCUUUAUAGGCCUAAAAAAAUAUUCUGCGUCUGCUUAAAGUCAUGCAUCGCCAUUUCAGCACUUGUUCUGGGAACCACACAAAUCAGUAGACGCUACGUCACAACAUGUAAAUAUCAACAUUUCUCAGAAAGUCAUUAAUUUUCUGAGUCAAGUUGAUGUUUACAUUCAACGUAGACAUUGAUAGGUGUGAUUCUACUCCCGGUCACGCUGACGACCUGUUUAACAUUGUGCAAGAGAGUUUUGCAAGUGUUACGCAGGUUUCAGUAUUUAUUAGUAUAUUAAGAUGGACAGUACGAUAUACAGAGUAAGUUUGGAUCACUUGCGACACACAAGCGGUGGUGUAGACGCGAUGGUAGACACGAGCUCGUCGCUGCUAGGAGGUAGAUCGCAAGCGUGCGUACGCGACGCAUUUGGCUGUGUCUAAUCUAAAUCUAACUAUGUAUAACUUAGUCGACUUGUUACUACGCCUUUAUUGUUAACACCACAUGUCUAAUUCUCUCGCUGAGUCUUCUGUAGUCUCUCUACUAUAGGAUUUAAGAAAUUCAGGCAGUAGUUCCACACGUAUAACGAAUUUUGCCUCGAAUAGGUAAACUAAUUUGUGAUCAAUAAAUUAUGAGAAGAGUGAAAUCGUACAAUAAUAAACUUACUUGUUGACACUUUCGUAAUGUUUACACAUUGUUACAUAAAAUACGUAAACAAUAACACAGAUGAGCCUAUUUUUUUAAGUUACCCUUUCAUGAAACCUGUAAUAUAUUACAUAUUAUGUAUACUUUAAAUCCUGUAUAUGUACCUACUGUCUGUUAUAUAUUUAUCUACCUACUAUAUUUCCUUAACUGUUGCCUUCUAAGAUCUUCUGCACCCUACUGCACCAUCCAUGCUCCUGCUGCACUUUGAUUUCAGUUUUGCACGUCUGCUUCCUCUACUUAUUUGAUUUGGCACCGUUUAUAUUUAUUUGGGAACAUGCUCUGUCACUACAUUCUACUUCAGAACGACACACUGUUAAUCUUGCAUUCGAUGUUAUCGCAUUUAGUCGUUUCUCUUUCAACGAUUUCGUGUAAAUAUACUACGUUAGAAUACGGUUAGGAUAUUUACACUUCGAGUUGCCCUGCGGCAGCGGUCAGACAUUGCAUGAUUGUGAAACGGAACAAAUAGAUGUGUGUUGCAUGUGUGUUAUCGUCAUGGAUGUCGUACUUCAUCUUUCCGACGGGAGGAUGUUUAAUAUUAAGAUAAGGGAACUUGACUCUGGUGGCUGCUACGGCAGCACCCACGUCGCCCAGGAACGCGAGUGUUGUAUAGACCCGGCCGUCGCUGGCGGGCCGCGCGCUGCUUGCAUGCGCUCGACGCUUGCCUCUCGACUCUCGGCUCGCCCGCUCGUCUGUACAUACAUUGCAUAUCGCCGGCAUGACCAUCAUAUCCACGUCGCAUUAAUGUUAUCGCUAGAAUCGGUUACGGCAAUAAUGAACAUAUCAAACUCGUAGGAUUAAUCGUUGCUACUGCAGAACGAAACGACAAAGUCGUUAUUUAGUGUUUAAGUAUUGUUAUUUAAUUGGUAACGGUCGAUCGUGCCUAAAAUGAGAACGAUUGAGCUGUUAGACUAUUAUUACGGUGUAGAUAGUUAUCAAUGUUUCCUUUGGCAGCUGAGACAACAUAGUGAACCCCGUCUCAUGGCAUGUUUUCAUUAAAGUUACUUACUUAGCACCUUUUUACAAGGGUGAUCUGUUAUAUACUUCGUUUUAGCUUCGUUAUUAUUGCACACGCAUCGGCCUAUAUGAUAAAGUAACUUUUUUCGAGCUAUUUUUGUGUACGACGAUUUUAGAACUGAAUUAUCACAAUAGUUAUACUUUUGAUAUCAUUAUUUGUCAAUUACUACUUGAGAACGCGCUAUAGUAUGGUACGCUUGCGGCCGCUCCUCAGCGCGCGCGGCCGCCUCCCGCGCCGCACACUCCGAGGCCCUCUCGGCGGUCCUCUGCCACGGUCUAUAUAACACUCCGCAUGUUUCCACGCUAGCAUUUAUUCUUCAAAUCUACUUGAUGAUGUUGGCUUAUGUUUUAUAGUUGUAAUAAGAUUGUUAAACUAUUCACUAUAAUGUCUUAACUUUACCUACUCUUAUUUAAUGCCUUCUUAAUAAAUUUAACUAUAAUGUUUAUAUUACUAAGAAAUAAGAGUAUCAAUUCUUAUUAUGAAAUCUAAGCUAGUUACUCGUUAAAAUUAUGACUUAUGUAAAGAGCUUGAUUAAGCUUUAUAAUGAAGAGUUGUGAAUCGAACUUGUGGCCACGUAAUAUUUUAGAUUCAAUGAUUAGUAUAAAACUGCUUGACUGUUAAAUACCAAUUAAGUUUUAAUAAGAUUUUUCACGUACUCUUUGAAAACGAGAAAUUAUUAUAGUUCGUAUAGCCAAGCCAGCUAGCAGAUGUAAGAAUAAGGUUCGAAGUUAGCCUCGCCUGUCUCCUCACUCACUCCUCUGCUGCGACAACUCAGCUGACUUGCAACACUAAAGUUUGGCUACACUACUCUCUAUCAACUACCUACCUAUUAUUCUACAAUCAUCUUUUUAAAUUGGCUGAAUGCUUCUGUAGAUCUCUAUAACUGGCCAUAAAGGCGAACUCAUUGCUAUUUUAUCGAUACAAAACAAUGUAUUAAAUCCUAGUCCAUUCGUUCAUUUCACACGUACCUACACCUAGCUUACCGUUGGUCCAAUUAACAUUGUAGAUUGACGCCUGCAAGAUACCAACAUGUAUCGAACAAAUCUCUAGCUACUUUAUUAAUUGUGCCAAACCGAUACACUCAUCUUGAAUAAAUCGAGUAAUAAUAAGUAAGGAUUGAUAUAAGCUGUAUAUAAACGUUAAGCACACAGUUGGAAAUUACCUUAUAAAUUCGUGAUCAUAGUAAUCAGCAUACUAUAUGAAAGUGCUGAUAGAAGUAUUGAACCUAAUUAGCAAUACCGUGAGAAUAGUUCAAUAUACAAUAGCUGUGCCGUUGUGCCUCUAAUGAUAGUACUGUAUACACCAUGCGAGUAACAUACAGUUACACCCAGUGCAUAUAAAUAAAUCAUCUCAUUAAAGCGCCACUGCGGUCAUAGAAACAAAUUGACUUCCAUUGCAUUAAAAAUAUUUAUAAUAAUUGGUUAGGAAUAGUAGUUAGAGGUACACAGUGAUUUGUGAUAUUACAAGAUACUUAAUGAGGUUUAGUACAACGUCCUUUAUUUUCAAAGUUUUAUAGUAGUUAACUUUAUUAUAGAGGAACACGACAAGAACACCAAUAGUAAUGUAAUAGUUAUAAAUUAAUGAUAGACAUAGACAAAACUUAGUUCGGGAAGGGUCGAAGUGAAGGAUGCGGAAGCUUGAUGGACUAUCUGUAAUCAGCUUCCACUGUGAACACGCUGAACCGACACUUGCGUUUGAUAGCACUUCUUAGAGGUACGCCUAUUCUCUCUUAAGAAUUUUAGAACCUCAGAAAUCAACAAUCUAUAUCAUAUACACAUCUUGAAAGUGAGCUUCCCAUUGAUGAAUAAAGAUGAAAUGCCAAAACUGUUAUCGGUACUAAAAUAACGUUUUGGGUGAUUGCAGAGGCGGAGACAAAUGAACCAAGUUAUAGAGUAGAAUACUUAGCCUAAUGACAAACAAGCUUUGAUCUGAGGUGCGAAGUACCUACACGUAACUUACUGAUAAUUAUAUUUUUAUUGUUCUAUUGUAUGUAACGUGUAAAUGAAUGUAACCCUGAAGGAGUAAAACCCCGAUAAAAUUAAAUUGUAAAUAAAAUUACUUUUUGAUAGAUUGUUAAUUUAAAAAAAAGAGUUCUUAGUUAAAUAAAUCACGUAUCGUCGAAUAUUUUAAAAUCAGUUUACCUAAUAUUACCUACUUUACUAAGUGUAUAAAGAUAAAAGAUUGUAUUGUCGACAAACUGUUGUGAUUGUUAUAUUUGAAGUUGCAUUUUCAUUAAAGUAACUAGAGGUAUAUUUUCCAUAGUGCUGCCAAAGAUAAUAUUACUAGAUGUAGUCAUGUUGUUUACAUAACAGAGGUUGUUCGUGAAUUUAUGGAUUGUGUUUUAUGUGGUCGAGGAAUGUAUAACACUGUGUAUGGGAUAAUGCAUCACCAAUAAAAGAAUUCAUAUGAAA